AUGGGUUCGAGAUACCCAUCUCACCAGCUAGGCAAUGGGUUGUUUGUGUCUGGUCGACCUGAGCAACCUAAAGAACGGCCUCCAACGAUGAGCUCAACAGCUAUGCCUUACACAGGAGGCGACAUCAAGAAAUCAGGAGAGUUGGGGAAGAUGUUUAUUCCAACGGAUGGGGUUAAUAAGUCAAGGAAGUCUGGUCCUAUACCCGGUGCUCCUUCCAGGUCGGGGUCAUUCGCUGGAACGAAUGCUCAGUCAGGUCCUGGUGCUGCUAACGCUGGUAGUGGUGGUGGUGGUCGUAUGUCUGGGUCUUUAGGUUCUGCUGGUGGGUCUGUUUCCAUGAAGAAAACGAAUUCUGGACCUUUGUCUAAGCACGGGGAGCCGUUGAAGAAGUCUUCUGGUCCGCAGUCUGGUGGUGUGACACGGCAACAUUCUGGUCCUAUUCCUGUUCUUCCAGCUACAGGGCUUAUAACAUCUGGGCCUUUGAAUUCAUCUGGCGCGCCUAGGAAGGUUUCUGGUCCUCUGGAUUCUUCUGGUUCGUUGAAGACGCAUGUGGCUUCUGUUGUUCAUAACCAGGCGGUGACUACUCUUGGUCCGCAAGAUGAGUUUUCGAGCUUGAAGAGCUUCCCGAAGUCUGUGUUGUGGCUGGUUGUUCUUAUAUUUAUAAUGGGGUUCCUUGCCGGAGGUUUCAUUCUUGGUGCAGUUCAUAAUCCGAUGCUCCUCAUCGUUGUUACGAUCUUUUUUACGGUUGUUGCUGCGCUUUUUAUUUGGAAUAUGUGUUGGGGGAGACGUGGUGUCACAGAUUUCGUUGCUCGUUAUCCUGAUGCUGACCUUAGAACUGCUAAAAAUGGUCAAUACGUGAAGGUCACUGGGGUGGUUACUUGUGGUAAUGUGCCGCUUGAGUCAUCCUUUCAAAGAGUUCCUAGAUGUGUGUACACAUCCACAUGUCUAUAUGAGUAUCGUGGAUGGGGUUCGAAACCAGCCAAUUCUUCACAUCGUUGCUUCACAUGGGGACUGAGAUCAGCAGAGAGACAUGUGGUGGACUUUUACAUAUCAGAUUUCCAAUCUGGACUCAGAGCCUUAGUCAAAACCGGAAAUGGUGCAAAGGUAACACCUCUUGUGGAUGAUUCUGUUGUCAUCGAUUUUAAGCACGGAAGUGAGAAAGAGUCUCCAGAUUUUGUUCGGUGGUUAAGGAAGAAGAAUCUAUCAAGUGAUGAUCGAAUAAUGCGACUCAAAGAAGGGUAUAUAAAAGAAGGAAGCACAGUGAGUGUGAUUGGAGUGGUGCAGAGAAACGACAAUGUGUUAAUGAUAGUGCCAUCAUCUGAGCCAAUUACAGCUGGUUGGCAAUGGAGGAGAUGCACAUUCCCAACAAGCCUUGAAGGAAUCGUAUUGAGAUGUGAAGACUCAUCAAACGUUGAUGCUAUACCGGUUUAAGUCCAUCAUCAUCAUCAUCAACAACAGCAUCUGAGUUUUGGCUUCAUUAAAUAUUAUUUCAUGAAGCUUGAAAAAUGUGGUUCUUCCUGGUGCAUCUGUUUGGUGGUGGGUGGUUGGUUUGGUGGUAGUAUGCGUUUCUUUCUUUCAUUAUUUUCUUUAAAUUCAAUUUUUUUUUUGUUUCCCGAGUUAUUGUGGUUAGGAUGAUGGUGAUGUGAUGGGGAUAGUGGUGGUGGGUGUGGUUUCAUAUUCCUAAGAUGAGCUAAUUUGUAUUCUUUUUCUUCUUCUUUGCAUUCUGCUUUGUAUAUUACUUUCAGUAAAUUCGUUUUCAUUAGGACUUGUGUACCAAAAGUGUUAUGUUAGGUUCAAAAUCUUUCAUUUUGUGACAAACAAAGCUCAUUUGGUGUACUUGUGUAACUCAAUUGUUUUAUAUUGAUGUUAUAUGUUAUGCUAUUUCGUAUCGUUCAGCAAAUAAAUU